AUGACAGAACUACCAGAUGGACCAUGGGAAAAAGUCAGCAUGGACUUCGCGGGACCCUUACCAAACAAAGAUACGAUAUUGGUAAUGUGGGAUCAAUAUGCCAAAUACCCAGUAGUCGAAUUCGUCACCACAACAUCGGCAGAAACAACAAUACGUGCGCUGGAACGUAUCUUCACUACAUAUGGUACUCCAAAAGAGAUAAAGACAGAUAAUGGACCACCAUUCAACUCGGGAAAAUUUUCAGAAUUUGCAAAAACGCUGGGUUUUAAACACCGGAAAGUUACUCCAAAAUGGGCCGAGGCAAAUGGUGAUGUCGAAAGAAUGAUUCAAAUCAUAAAAAAAAGUGCGAAGAUAGCGAAAAUAGAAGGAAAGAACAUCCGACAGGAAAUUCAAAAAACAAUCAGAAGCUAUCGAGACACGCCACAUGGAAACACCGGAGAAACCCCCAACAAGUUGAUCUUUGGGAGGGAACUGAAUGGUCGUCUACCACCUCGAAUGGCGAAGAAGACAGUAUCUGAUGCAACCAUCCGACAAAGAGACGCAACUGCCAAACAAAAGUGCAAGGCCUAUGCAGACAGCAGGAGACAUACCAAAGCGAUACACAUCGAAGUGGGAGACAAAAUACUUGUGGAGCAGGACAAAAUUGACAGCUUAACCCCUCGUUAUAAUCCGGAACCGUUUGUGGUGAUCGCAAGGAAAGGCUCGAUGAUAACAGCUCAGAAAGGAGAGACUAUACUAUGCAGAAAUACAGCGAAGUGUAAACGUUUGAAAUGCGCUGAGGAUGAAGAAAGCGACAAUGAAUGGCAACCAUCAUUAAGUAGGCAGAUGCAACCUGAUAGAGAAGAGAGAGAGCCGACGAGACAGAGGAGCCCACGACCAAUGAGGAAUAGAAUAUCGACAAAGCAAACAAUAUACAAGGAUUUUCAUACAUAA